AUGGCGGACGCCAAGGGCCUAACCUUCCUUGGAUUCGACGACGGAUACGACGACGGUUUCAAGCUCAGCGGCGACACCAAAAAAUUCAUGACUAGUAUACGAAGCAACGGCUCCAAGGCCUUGAGAGACGCCAUCGCUGCCGCAGCGGAGGAGGGCCACCCCGUCACAUGCCUAGUCUACUCGCUCAUCCUCCCUUGGGCGACGGAGGUGGCGCGUGAGCUCCACAACCCCAGCGCGAUAGAAAAUCCAAAUCCCCGGAGCUCCGCCGCUCUCCAAAACCGAUCUUCCCUCCUCCCUUCCUCUUCAGAAUUGGAUAAUUCUGCGAUUGCGGCAUCUAAGGAGCAGUUCGACUUGCUCGACGCCGAGCCAGGCAAGCCUAAGGUGCUCGUCAACACCUUCGACUCGCUCGAGGCGGAAGCGCUCAGCGCGUUAGACUGCUAUGAGCUGAUCUCAAUCGGACCGUUAAUUCCCUCCGCCUUCAUCGGCGGAGAGGAUCCGUCAGAGAACUCGUUCGGCAGCGACCUCUUUGAGAAAUCCGACUGCUGCAUCGAGUGGCUAAACUCGAAACCGCAGUCAUCGGUGGUAUAUGUGUCCUUUGGGAGCCUGUUGAGGCUCCCGAAGGCGCAAAAGGAGGAGAUCGCAGGCGGCCUCCUGCGCUCUAGGAGGCCGUUUCUUUGGGUAAUGCGAGACUCAGAGGAGGAGGAAGAGAAGCUGAGCUGCUCAGAAGAUUUGGAUAAGAUUGGGAAGAUAGUGACGUGGUGCUCCCAGCUCGAGGUGCUGACGCACCAAUCACUAGGAUGCUUUGUCACGCACUGCGGGUGGAACUCGACUCUGGGGAGCCUGUCGUGUGGGGUCCCUGUCGUGGGGUUCCCUGGUUUGGCGGAUCAGGGGACGAAUGCGAAGAUGAUAGAGGAUGUAUGGAGGAUAGGGGUUAGGGUUAGAGGGAAUGAGGAUGGGAUUGUGGAGAGUCGGGAGAUUUGGAGGUGUGUUGAGGAAGUGAUGGAUGGUGGUUUGAAGAGUUUGGAAUAUAGACAAAAUGCUAAUAAAUGGAAGGGAUUGGCCGGAGAAGCUGUGGCGGAAAAUGGGAAUUGGGGUGUGGCACGGAAAAUGAGGAAAUAA